AUGGACGAGAACGAGGUGAUGGCCGCGUUCCUGUGGAGCAAGCACUCGAAGGAGGUGUACAGCAACCAGGGCCUGAAGGAUCUGCACCACCUGCACCAGGACUUCAUCAUCAACGACUACACCGACAAGAUAGCGACCAACAUCGACCUGCUCGACACGGAGCUCAAGUUUGCGUGGGCCGCCCUGAACCUGUUGAACGAGGAGUACACGAAGAUGUCGGAGAAGGUGUUCAAGCUGCAGUCGCUCAACAUAUCACAGCAACGGAUAGUGCAAAACCUCCAGUUCAUGGAGGAGAACCGCAAGGCAUAUCUGGACAUGAUACCGGACUACGCGAAGCACCACGAGUUUUCGCUGCAGGAGCAGUCCCGGCUCCGCCAGGACCUGGAGUACCGGGACCGGAUCAGCGAGGCGCUGCACAGUGGCCUCCAGAUACCGCUCCAGGAGGAUGCGCUCCAGGACGAAUAUCUGCUGCAGCAGCAGGAGCACCAGCACCACCACAACGAGCUGCUGUUCGAGCAUCAGCUCCAGAUGCACAACUCCAUGCAGAUGCUGCACUCGGCGUCACAGCAGCACCACCACCACCACCACCAGCAAGGCGGCGGACAUCAUGCCGUGUACGGUGAGCUAGAGAACCAUGCACUGCUAGAGCAGCACCAGCAGCAGCAGCAGCAACAGCAGCAGUCGUACGACAGUGAGUACCUGGCCGCGGUACAGCGCAACUUCGGCAACGUGCCGGCGGUGCUGCAGGCUCAGUACGCCAAGCUGAUCCAGGCGCACCUGGAGGCCGAAGCGAACGCGGCGGUCGUCGCCGCGGCUGCCGUCGAGCCACCACCGGCCGCCAUCGGGCGGCCCUCGACCAAUCCGUUCCUGACGGCGGGCGAAGCGAGCCGCGGGCUACUGAGCAACAUCGAACCCGCGGACAGUGCUGCCAUCAUCGAGGAGCAGCUGCGCACCUCGUUCCUGAACCACGCCAAGCAGCUGGAGCUACUGGAGGCCGUCGGGAGCUCACCGUCACCGGCGGCGACGGCAAAGCGCUCCAACCGGGCGCCACCGAGCGAGGAGGGGAUGCGGGAGCUGAUCAACAAAAUCAUGAGCGAAGAGGACGUGGCAUCGUUGAGCAGCGAGGAGAUGGACCGGGUGCGCUGUUUCAUGGCGCGCAACUGCUCCGAACUGCUGGAGGCGUUCGGGGACGAGGAACUGCACGCCGCGGUGUACCCGUCCGUCAAGACGGCCGAGCUGCUGCUGGUGGCGCGGCGUACCGCGUCGCGCCCUGCGGCCGCAAGUCCGCGGUCAUCGCCGGCCAAGUACGGCCUGCUCGGGGACGGGCUGGCAACGCUCACCAAGGACGACCUGCUGACGGUGGCGAACGGAACCAUCACGAUCCACCACGACAGUGCGUCCGAGAGUGACUUCCGGCUGAGCGCCGAGCCCGCGGGUGGCGACGAUCCGGGAGCCGGCGGCGGCUCGCCGGAGAAGCUGAUGGAGUUCUCGCCGUUCGGUCUACAGGCAACGCCCGCCAUGCAGCACCAGGCGUUCCCGCGGAACGACGCGGAAAGCAUCAUCAGCAAGGCCGAAGAUCUGGGCGAGUCGGCUGGAGUGGAGGAACUUCCGCUCCAACUCAGCGAACCGGCGGCCGACGUCACGGCCGCCAAAACGACCAUCCCGAUGACGUUCGCCUGUACCAACCUGGUUGGUCUGACAACCGGGGCGACCACCCUGUACCCUGGCGGGCGGAGUCACGGAGUCAGGGAGUCGGAGCUGGAGCUGACGGACCAACUCGACCCGGUACCGACGGUGGCGCCCUCUACAACGACUCUCGUCCGGAGUCCCGCCAUCCCGGAGAAGUUGAAAGCGCCGCCGGUAGUGGCGGCGGUCGUGGCGGCCGACACGAACGACACGGCCGCGAUCCUGCAGGCGAUCAUCAGCCGCCGCUCGAGCAUGCCGUCGGAGCCGUCGACGAGCCCCCCGACGUUCCAGCCGCUGCCGGGCCAGACGUCGAUCACGGACUCGCCCGAGAUGCAGGCCAUCUACGACAGUCUGUCGCGCAAGUCCAGCCUCCCGACGCUGGGCGACAUCACGUUCUUCCCGUCGCUCGACAUCACCGACUCGGGGUUUGCGGGUGACACCACCAGCGACACCAGCACCAGCUUCGCGCUGUUCCCACCGACGGCGCUGACGAGCUCGGCCCAGCCCUCGAUCAGUCUGCCCUCAGACAUGGCGACGACGACCACAACGACGACUCCGGCCAGCUCGGUCCAGCUGCCGGACACGUCCGACUCGUCGUCCUCCGCUCUGCACACCUCGAUGAACUCGUCCGGUAUUAGCGAGGCGUCGGACAGCGGCGCCUUUGCCGACAGUCUACCGCCACCGUCGACGUCGGCGUCGGUCGGUAAGCUGCCGGCACUACCACCGCUACUGGCCGCCCCGACCAUGGCGGCGCUCGGCGACAGCAAACCGGUAGCGGCCGAGGCGACACCCGAACCACCCCGGGACCUACAGA